AGGCAGGGCCUUGUUCAGCAAGUGGAUUGGCUGGCAGGGAAUCAGUAUCAAUGUUUAAGCGGCGGCGUGAGGUGAAUAGAGUCAGUCAGCAAGAGGCGCUUGGAGAGAGCUGGGGCUGCGAGCCCUGCGGAUGCGGCAGCGCGGAGGGAAGCUGGGGAGACGCUACUCCAACUGUUGAAUUUUCACCUUUCAUUUCCUCCGAUGCUUUGCUUGCGGAGAUGGAUUUAUUUGCUUUGAAAUCCGCACGUCUUCCGCAAGAUGUGAGCUGAUCCUGACAGGCACCAUUAAAAGAGACCACCAGUGAACGAAAGGAGGAAAAAAAAAAAAGCACAACCCUCCACAACGGACUGCACAAUUAACUAUGCACACCGGUGCUGGACUUUGUGAAUAGAGAACACAGAGGAAAAUCGUGACUAUGAUGCGAGGCUAAGCCGGGCACAGUCACUGGAAUCCUGUGGUUUUUUUUUUUUUCCUUCUUCUUUUCACACAGGACUCUGAAAGAUUUGGGGUUUCCUCACGCCUAACCAAAAGAAAAUAUAUAUAUUUUAAAUAAAUAAAUAAACAAAUAAAUAUACCUAGCAAAACAGACGCCUUGUUUUCCGGAGCCUCGGACUCCAGCAGAAAGAGGUAGAGUAAAAGUGCUGCUGGAUUCAGCCUUCCCUUCCUCUUUCCCUCCACCCCUUCUCUCGAUUUUUUUUUUCUUUUCUCCAAAACCUGAAUCUGGCAUUUCUUUCUAUAGAGUGAGUCAGAGAAAGCGUUAGGAAGAAGCCGCAACUCAUGUCUGUGAAGGGAGGACGGUGAGGCGAGAGUGAAUACGAUUCGUUCCACUGCUUCUGACUCAUCGGGCAGAUCGGAACACCUGCAUUUCUGGAUGUGUCAUACCCGAGGCGCCUCGAGAACCUGAAAUACUGUGCAGGCAGACCUGCGCCUGACCUCCCCGCCCCGGGGUGGGCGCCCCUGGCCGGGCCGCCGCGGCCGCAGCUCCUCACCCCCCACCCCCACCCCUGCCUCCUCCCGGCGCCCAGAGAGACUGUGUGAGAGCGAAGACUGCAGAAUGCAUCACGCCAAACCUUGAUGUUGUUUCUUUCAUCCAGUCCACUCCUACUAUAAUUUUUUUUUGAAAAAAAAAAACCCCGCACUCUAUUCGCUUCAAAUAUUCACCACUUUUAUUCCUCGCCAAGGUUUUCCUUCCUCGAUGAAGAGGACUGGGAGGCAGGGCCACUGGAAGGAGAGACUGAAUAGAAAGAAAAGAGAGGCACUUGACAGCCGAGCCCUGUGAAUGCAGAGACUGUUUCCCUGCUAGCGAGAGACAGGCAGAGUGUGUGCGCGAGUCCUGGGAGGGUGGCUCCCCUUCCUUUUUAUUCCGCCUCCCCCUCCCCCUUCAAAUCUGCACAUCCAACCAUGAGUUGCCUGUUGAUUUCCUUUCGCCUGGGAAGACGAGCAAACUGGAAUUAAACUGCAUCGAGAGAAGUCCUUGCUCGCGCGGACAGAAUGGGAUGGUAGCGGCGGCGACAGGCUUGGCCGAGAGAAAUCAGAGUGUCUACGAGCGGAGGCGGGGAUAUUGCUCUCUAUUCCCCCUCCCAGUAGACUCACACCGCAAGCGCUGAUCAGGCUGUGUGGCUUUCUUGACUUCGAGGGAGAGCCUUUUCCGAGGAAGAGAGGGAGGAGCCUGGUGGAGGGAGGAAACUACAAAUCGGGACACUAGCUCUUUGCGCUGCAUUUCCUCCCCUCCCUUUGGCUGCUCGGAAAGGAGAGAGAAAAAAAAUACGCUGGGCUGGGAGAUGCAGUCUGCCGCCGCUGUUGCCUCAGCCAGCAGAGCAAGAUUAGAUCUCUAAAUGCAGCAAAAGACUGCCUGAAAACAGACUAGCCCGCGAAGCAAGCAGACAUUUCGCAGGGCUCCGCGGAGGAGUUAAUAUAUAUAUAUCUGACUCUCUCUCCAUCGCUUCUCAUCCCCAUCAAUUUCAGCACAGGAGGCGAAAAACAAGUAAGGAUUUCACUUUCCUAUCUGCCUGGAGACACACCUCCCCGCUCCCUCCCCCACCCGCUGUGAGGAGUAUUCCGGAGGCAACCGCCGCCGAGUGAAUUUGCAGCGCCCUAGCGCGAGCGAGGAAAACCUACGGAUUCUGGAUUCUUUAGCUCAUCCAUCAUCCCUCCUGGACGCUAUUUCCUUCUCAUCGCCUGCCUCACCCCUCAAGUUUGAGUCGCCCGAAGUCCGGGCCGGAGAGACAAAGCCCCAGGCUCGACCCCAGCCGCAGGGCGCCUCCGCCUCGUUCGGUGCCCCUGCGGCUCCGCUGCGCCGCUGCUUCUCGCCCAGUGCGGAUGCUGUAGAUCAACAGGUUCGGGGAACUUGAGCGGAAUAAGGAGAGACCGCCCGGUGCCGCAGUCGGGGAGCGGAGGGAAGAAAGGACCCACAGACUUGUGACUCGCUUCGCGCACGCACUCUGCAUCCGAGCCCCAGGCUGGCGCGCGCCCACUCCCUCGCCCCUCCAGUCCCGCUGCUCCUGCCCCCACCCCACCGGUCUGGGAUGUACCUUUCCAUUUGUUGCUGUUUCCUCCUGUGGGCCCCUGCCCUGACACUCAAAAACCUCAACUACUCAGUGCCGGAGGAGCAAGGGGCCGGCACGGUGAUCGGUAACAUCGGCAAGGAUGCUCGACUGCAGCCUGGGCUUCCGCCCGCAGAGCGCGGCGGCGGCGGCGGCGGCGGCGGCGGCGGCGGCGGCGGGCGCAGCAAGUCGGGUAGCUAUCGGGUGCUGGAGAACUCCGCGCCGCACCUGCUGGACGUGGACGCCGACAGCGGUCUCCUCUACACCAAGCAGCGCAUCGACCGCGAGUCCCUUUGCCGCCACAACGCCAAGUGCCAGCUGUCCCUCGAAGUGUUCGCCAACGACAAGGAAAUCUGCAUGAUCAAGGUGGAGAUCCAGGACAUCAACGACAAUGCACCCUCCUUCCCUUCGGACCAGAUCGAGAUGGACAUUUCAGAGAAUGCGGCCCCCGGCACGCGAUUCCCCCUCACCAGCGCCCACGACCCGGACGCCGGCGAGAACGGGCUCCGCACCUAUCUGCUCACGCGCGAUGACCACGGCCUUUUCGCGCUGGACGUCAAGUCCCGCGGCGACGGCACCAAGUUCCCAGAGCUGGUUAUUCAGAAGGCACUAGACCGCGAGCAGCAAAACCACCACACGCUAGUGCUGACCGCCCUGGACGGCGGCGAGCCGCCGCGGUCAGCCACAGUGCAGAUCAACGUGAAGGUGAUCGACUCGAACGACAACAGCCCUGUCUUCGAGGCGCCCUCCUACCUGGUGGAACUGCCCGAGAACGCCCCGCUGGGCACCGUGGUCAUUGAUCUGAACGCCACCGACGCCGACGAGGGUCCCAACGGGGAAGUGCUCUACUCUUUCAGCAGCUAUGUGCCCGACCGCGUGCGGGAGCUCUUCUCCAUCGACCCCAAGACCGGCCUGAUCCGUGUCAAGGGCAACCUGGACUAUGAAGAGAAUGGGAUGUUGGAGAUCGACGUGCAGGCCCGAGACCUGGGGCCCAACCCCAUCCCGGCCCACUGCAAGGUCACUGUCAAGCUCAUCGACCGCAACGACAACGCGCCGUCCAUCGGUUUCGUCUCCGUGCGCCAGGGGGCGCUGAGCGAGGCCGCCCCGCCCGGCACUGUCAUCGCCCUGGUGCGGGUCACUGACCGGGACUCGGGCAAGAACGGGCAGCUGCAGUGCCGGGUCCUGGGCGGAGGGGGUCCGGGAGGCGGCGGCGGCCUGGGCGGCCCGGGAGGGUCCGUGCCCUUCAAGCUUGAGGAGAAUUACGACAACUUCUACACGGUGGUGACUGACCGCCCGCUGGACCGCGAGACACAGGACGAAUAUAACGUGACAAUCGUGGCGCGGGACGGCGGCUCGCCUCCACUCAACUCCACCAAGUCGUUCGCUGUCAAGAUUCUGGAUGAGAACGACAACCCUCCUCGUUUCACCAAGGGGCUCUACGUGCUGCAGGUGCACGAGAACAACAUCCCAGGCGAGUACCUGGGCUCCGUGCUCGCCCAGGACCCCGACCUGGGCCAAAACGGCACGGUGUCCUACUCCAUCCUGCCCUCGCACAUCGGCGACGUGUCCAUCUACACCUACGUAUCCGUGAACCCCACCAACGGGGCCAUCUACGCCCUGCGCUCCUUUAACUAUGAGCAGACCAAGGCGUUUGAGUUCAAGGUGCUUGCUAAGGACUCGGGGGCGCCCGCGCACUUGGAGAGCAACGCAACUGUGAGGGUAACAGUGCUAGACGUGAAUGACAACGCGCCGGUGAUCGUGCUGCCCACGCUGCAAAACGACACGGCUGAGCUGCAAGUGCCGCGGAACGCCGGCCUGGGCUACCUGGUGAGCACAGUACGCGCCCUGGACAGCGACUUCGGCGAGAGCGGCCGCCUCACCUACGAAAUCGUAGAUGGGAACGACGACCACCUGUUUGAAAUCGAUCCGUCCAGCGGCGAGAUCCGCACGCUGCACCCCUUCUGGGAGGACGUGACGCCAGUGGUUGAGCUGGUAGUGAAGGUGACCGACCACGGCAAGCCCACCCUGUCCGCGGUGGCCAAGCUCAUCAUCCGCUCGGUGAGCGGCUCCUUGCCCGAGGGGGUUCCCCGGGUGAAUGGCGAGCAGCACCACUGGGACAUGUCGCUGCCGCUCAUCGUAACUCUCAGCACUAUUUCCAUCAUUCUCCUAGCGGCCAUGAUCACCAUCGCCGUCAAGUGUAAGCGCGAGAACAAGGAGAUCCGCACUUACAACUGCCGCAUCGCCGAGUACAGCCACCCGCAGCUGGGCGGGGGCAAGGGCAAGAAGAAAAAGAUCAACAAAAAUGAUAUCAUGCUGGUGCAGAGCGAGGUGGAGGAGAGGAACGCCAUGAACGUCAUGAACGUGGUGAGCAGCCCCUCCCUCGCCACCUCCCCCAUGUACUUCGACUACCAAACCCGCCUGCCCCUCAGCUCGCCGCGGUCGGAGGUUAUGUACCUCAAACCCGCCUCCAACAACCUGACUGUCCCCCAGGGGCACGCGGGCUGUCACACCAGCUUCACCGGACCAGGGACUAAUGCGAGCGAGACCCCGGCCACUCGGAUGUCCAUAAUUCAGACAGACAAUUUUCCCGCAGAGCCCAAUUACAUGGGCAGCAGGCAGCAGUUUGUUCAAAGUAGCUCCACGUUUAAGGACCCAGAAAGAGCCAGCCUGAGAGACAGUGGGCACGGGGACAGUGAUCAGGCUGACAGUGACCAAGACACUAACAAAGGCUCCUGCUGUGACAUGUCUGUUAGGGAGGCACUCAAGAUGAAAACGACUUCAACUAAAAGCCAACCACUGGAACAAGAACCAGAAGAGUGUGUUAAUUGCACAGAUGAAUGCCGAGUGCUUGGUCAUUCUGACAGGUGUUGGAUGCCACAGUUCCCUGCAGCCAAUCAGGCUGAAAAUGCAGAUUACCGCACAAAUCUCUUUGUACCCACAGUUGAAGCUAAUGUUGAGACUGAGACUUACGAAACUGUGAAUCCCACUGGGAAAAAGACUUUUUGUACAUUUGGGAAAGACAAGCGAGAGCACACUAUUCUCAUUGCCAAUGUUAAACCUUAUUUGAAAGCCAAACGUGCCCUGAGCCCUCUCCUCCAAGAGGUCCCGUCAGCAUCAAGCAGCCCAACCAAGGCAUGCAUCGAGCCUUGCACCUCAACAAAAGGCUCUCUGGAUGGUUGUGAAGCAAAACCAGGCGCCCUGGCUGAAGCAAGCAGCCAGUACUUGCCCACUGACAGUCAGUAUCUGUCACCCAGUAAGCAGCCCAGAGACCCUCCGUUCACGGCAUCCGAGCAGAUGGCAAGGGUCUUCGCAGAUGUGCAUUCGAGAGCCAGCCGGGAUUCCAGUGAGAUGGGCGCUGUUCUCGAGCAGCUUGACCACCCUGCCAGGGAUCUCGCCAGAGAGUCAGUGGAUGCCGAGGAAGUCGUGCGAGAAAUUGAUAAGCUUUUGCAAGACUGCCGGGGAAAUGACCCUGUGGCUGUUAGAAAGUGAAAGGAAAAAAAAAAAAGCAUUGGCAUUUUCUUGUCUCUUCUGUUGAUUUAAAAUGAUCCCUCCUGGUGACAACCCAUUUUCCAGGGAUGACGAAAGACCAAUGCUGCUUUAAGGCUUUUAGUGAACAUCUGAAGUGCCCACAAGUAUGUCCUUUUCACUGCUGUUUCUUUUUCAGAGAUAACAAUGGUUUUGUUUUGACCAAACUUAUACAGAACAGAAUUAAUGAUGCUCAAAGAGAAGAAAAAGGACAGAAGAGAUGAGAACAAAUGAGGAGGCGAGUUACCUUUUGACAAUCUGUUAGGAAGGUAUGCAGUGUGAGGAUUUCUGAUCACGCUAAGACUGUCGUCCUCCGUGAUUUAUGCUGACUUAACUGUUUACCUAUAAACCCCAGACAAAGCAGGGUCAUAAUUUGUGAUCUGUGGUGGAUCCGUCUAGCUGUCAUCACAGGCUUCUACUUAAAGUCCCGACAAGACCUUGCAGUAGUCCAAGCUACACCAAACAUUAACACAUAUUUGUGGUAAACAUUUCUGUAUAAAGUUACCUGCCACACAUAUAAACACCAAGAACAUUCCAUAUCAUUAGUCGAAAAAAACAAACUUGGUCAUUUGUAAGACACUUCAUGUCGUAUUAAAGUUAAAUGUAAAAAAGAUAUAGUCCAUUUUGUCCUGUACACACACACACACACACACAAAUUCACUUCAUUAAAGGAGAAAAAACUUAAAGGUUUAAAAUGCCUCUUUAGCAUUUUAGUGUCCAACAAACAUAAACAACGAUGGCUCUGUUUUUAAAUUUGACCUAGAAAAGUUCUGAAAAAUAGUUACCAUUGAGUGAUAAUAUUCAGAGAAAAUUAACAUGAUUAAUACGUUCUAUUCAUUUGUGGACACUAAAAUAGCUCAGGAAAGUAAAAAUGUCUUAGACAUACACAAAUCACAUGACCAUUUAAAUGUGCAAGUGUAAGAAGAUUCAAUGUGUUUACAUCAAAUGACAUAUUUUUAUUGAUUUAUUGAAGAUUCAGUGCAUAUGAGCCAAAUUGUUGAGUGUAUAAGAGCUAUAUUGUGUAUUUUAUUAAAUUAAUAUAUAGUUGUGUUGCAAAAAUAUUUGGGCUUAUAUUGUAAAUGGCAAGUGUUGCCUCAGUAGCUGUCGAACUCUAUGAGUUUUGUUUUUUCCUGCUUCCUUUUCCCCAUGGAGCGUGGGAAGCAGUGCCUCAGAGCAAAAGUCUCUCGUUUAAUGUAUAGUCUACCAAGUACUGCAGUACAUAAUCUGUUCAAAAUGUGUUUGAGUGAGCUGAUGGCGCUAACUGGAAGGUCGAGAAGUACAUCGGUCCGUCAUGGUUAUGUGCAGGUCCUUGUAGAAGCUUUCAUUCAAGUCACGUUAAAUCACAAGAAUUGAAUUUGUACCAAUACCUGAAACUUCCUGUCUUAACAUAACAUACAGCUUCUGCCUAUGUAGACUCCAUACUGUUGAUUGGUUCUAGAAAGUAUCUGAAGUGGUUCCAAGUGUGUGUUCCCAUUAUAUUUCAAAACCAUGAAAAAUGCAUUAAUGCAUGUGUGAUACCAGCAUUGGUUACUUGCAUUGUGUAGUGUUUUUCAAUAAGUCUUUAACAAAAUGUCUUUCCUCUUUCUCAGCACUCUUCUGCCUCUUUCUGUUGGUGUCCUUUGAGAACAAUACACCUUCUAUUCUUUUAUUUGUUUGCAACUUUUCUGGUGACAUUUAGCAAGUUUCAAACUUCCUUAUGAGGUGAGGCAACCUCAAAUUUCAGGAAUUGGGAAAAUAAAAUUAGCACUUGAAGAAGUAGCAGCAGAUGGGAAAAUGCCUUGAUUGACAUUUUCCUUCAGCUUUAAAAUUUUUUUUGGCAUUUUGCAGCUUCAUGACAAACAGUUUCCAGCCCAUACCUUAGGAAAUGUGGCGCUGAGUUAAAUAAAGGCUGUUUAUGCACUGGAGCAGAAAAAUGCAUUAUUUGCAAACUGGUGGGGAAUUCUGUGCCUUCUUUUCUGGCCACCAAGCCAGUGCAGAAACAGCAUAAAUGUCAUCAAAUCCUUGUAUCAAAAACAAAAACAAAAGCAAAAACAAAGAUGGAACUGAAUUAAGUCUUAUGAUUUGAAACCUCAAAAAAUUCAGCUGAAAUUAUUUCUGUCAAAUGCCGUCAGGAUGUUAGAUUAUACCUCGUUUGCAAAACUGCUUUGAAAGGGAAGAGUGGACAACUCCCACCAGCCUUAUUCUCUUGAGAACUGUAUGUGGUUCCUAGUAACAGCCUUUCCAAAGCUCUACUCUUGGUUUUUACUAUUCAUAAAUGUUUAAAUUAGAGAAGAAGGGAUCUUGUACAUGUGAAACCGAAUUGACUCUCUAUAUUUUGGACAAUUUAUGUAUCUGAAAUGUGUUGUCUCUGUUAUAUGAUGUUAUUUUUUGCCAGGAGACUACAGGUUGAUUUAGCUUGAUAAAUGAAAUUUGAUGGAAAACUGAUUUCCAUUUAGUCUUACCAAGUGUUGCCUCUCUCUUACUAGACAGAUAGCCACCACCUAGUAAAAUCUAAGGCAGUAUGUAAAUGAAAUCAACAAAGAGAGUAGGAUUAUUUUUAAAACAUUCUUAACACAGAGUAACCAGUUGUUCAAUUUAUUAUAUGUGUCUGAAGACAUUAAAACACUAUAAGAUUUUAAGAAUUGGUGUGCCAAUGUGUGAGGGAUUUACCUUUAGGCUCUCUGUCACCAGUGAUUUACUGGUGUUAGCUGUUUAACACAUUGUCUGUAUUUAGUAGUGAUUAUUUAUUUACAAGUUGGUUGUAAUUCAGCAGUCAGGACUCUAAGCUUUUAUAGUUGAGUUGAGCGAAUCUAGCUUUUAUUCAUGUGGCUGGCAUUGCCUUUAUCAUAGAACUUUGGUGCUUGGCUUCCAAGGAAGUUCAUGAAAUGCCAAAAUCACCCCUUUGGGGAGCAACUUGCUUCAAGGGGUAAUUAAUGAUCAAACAGAAAUAUUUCAUGGGGUUAGAGCAUACUUCAGAAUGUGAAAAUUCUGUCUUAAUUCACAUCCUCCAAAUGAUAACCCCUCAAAAAAAAUCCCACACAUUUAAAACAAACAAUUUGAUAAUACAUUGUCUUUCAGGUUCUUAAAUAACUGAAGUCAAGCACAGAAAAAGAAUUUAUAUAGGAAUUUUUGUAAGAAAGUCAAAGUUCUAAAAAUUGUUUCAUGGUGAACUAAAAAUAUCAGUACAAAGCAAUCUUCAUUAAAUGUUAAUGUUGAAAGGUCUUUACAUCAAAGUGAAAAGUAGUGAGAGUCAGUGUUAGUUGUACCUACACCAAAGUAAACAUUAACGAGCAUAUCAUGCAAUUUCAAAGAAUGCUUUCAUUUUAUGUGUUAACCUGAAAUAUACAGAUCCUUACUGUAUACAAAGAUUGGCUCACUACUCCAUAAGUUAACUGAAUUCCUAGUUGGGAAAUUGACUUGUUUUGUUUUCAUAAAUUAGCUGUGAUCUGUAAAACAUGACUUCCCUUUAAAGGCUCUAGAUACUACUCAAUUAAAAAAAUGACACCAUUAAAAAAAAGUCAUGUAGUAUGUCAUGUAGAGCAGUAUGCUUUAUUAGAAUUAGGUUAAAAGCUGUUUGUUGCCUAACGGAGUAGAAGUUGCUGAGGUCAACCAGUAGACUGAGGUCUGGCAUUAUAUAUGCCCACUCAUUAUUGUCUAAUUAUAUUCUUUUGACAACAGACAGCAUUUAUCACAGCAUUAAUUCAAAUGAGAGUUUUGGCUAUCAAGAUGUGUUGAUUCCAAACAUAAUCGAAUGACACCUGAUUAAAGUCUGACUUUCCUGGCCCCAGUGUUUUGCAGGUCGGCUAUUCCCAUUUAUCAGCCCCAUCACUCCAUGAGGUUCUUAGCUGCACCAAGUGAUUGGUGAACAAGGACAACUACAAAAGCAGCAUACAUUGUAUGGAUUUAUCUCUAUGCUAUUGUUUAAUGGCUGUGUUUAAUGUGACCUAUCUGGAACAUGAGGACUCCGAAUAAAAAGUUAUUACUAA